AUGUCACGCUCGUCAUCUUCGUCGUCUCAAUCAAAGGCCUCAUCUGCUUUUUCCGGGACGACGCAAGGCAAGAUUGUUGAAUUAGUAGGAGAUAAUUGCUGGUUUUGCGAAAGCAUUCCAGUCGAGGCGUGCCAUGUUAUUGCUCAGAAGGACCCAGCUCUCUCAACAAUUAUAGAACAGAAUCUGUUGUUGACAUCCCUCAGAGAUGUCGAUAACGGCAUUGGUCUAUGUCCAACAUGCCACAAUAAUUUCGAUACCGCCCCAGAUCCACGUCUCGUCAUCAUACCAACCGAUUUAGAUUUCUUCAUCGACUUCGAAGAGAAGGACUACAGAGAACGAGCUCUCGCAGCCAGCGGCGGUUUCUCCGUCCCCCGCCAAUGCCCCACAAAAGAACAGUACAAAAAUCAUCAAAUAGCAAAUGGAACAAUUCUAGAAGGAAGCGGCCUAUACGAACCAUACAUACUGGUCAGAUUCUACGCAAGCGGGUUCGAACCAGAUCUCUCCCCGAGACCAUGGCACGGCCAGCCUGUGCACAUGAUCCGGCGCGCGUUUAUCGCGCUCGGAUCCCUGAAUUACCGCAAGUUGCCGGACGACGUGUCAAACAAGCUUCGUACGUUGUUGGAGCUUUAUACACGACCGCCGCCGCCGAUGCAGGAACCCGAUGUGGCUGCAGGACAGGGGAAAUCGGGAAAACUUCUCCGCUCUAAUGAUGAUUUGGACACGUCCACUGCAAAGAGGGAGCUCAGUGGACCACAGGCGUUUUUUAGUGGGGUUAGGUUGGAACGGAGAGGGCGUGAGUCGCAGGGGCAUACUGAUCAUGCUAUUUCAGCGUUUACACUAGGGCCUGAGUGUACGGCUCUAGAUGCUAUAAGUAUGGUCAUGUCACGUCGCCAACGAGUGCUGUGACUUAGUAAUUUUUAGCUUUUUUCCGAG